AUGGCUUCUGUCCUCAAGGCCCAAAAAGCAAAUGCCUCUCUGAUAGACUCCAAGGGGAAGGGAAAGCGCAAGGCAGACGCUAUGGAUGUGGACGAGGAGGCGGUCGAGUCGAGCGUUCCGAUGAAAAAGAAGAAAAACAAGCAGCGAGUCCUAAUGCUCUCGUCUCGUGGUGUCACGCACCGUAUGAGACAUCUCAUGAAUGACCUUGAAGUCCUUCUCCCACACAUAAAAAAAGACUCGAAGCUUGAUUCGAAGAACCACCUCAAUCUUCUACCUGAACUCGCCGACCUACACAACUGCAAUAAUACGCUAUACUUUGAGGCACGGAGACACGAGGACCUAUACCUCUGGGCAGCGAAGACACCGAACGGGCCCAGCGUAAAGCUGCAUGUGCAGAAUGUGCAUACCAUGGACGAGCUCAAGCUGACGGGAAAUUGCCUCAAAGGGAGCAGAGGUCUUUUGAGCUUUGAUGCCUCUUUCGAGGAGACAGAGUGGGGACGAUUGAUGAAGGAGUUGUUCACACAUAUGUUUGGUGUACCGCCACAAGCACGCAGGGCGAAACCCUUCAUCGACCACAUUCUUACGUUCUCUCUCCUUGACGGAAAAAUCUGGUUCCGCAAUUUCCAGAUCAUCGAAAAGGACCCAUUACAUCCUAGUGGUCCACCGCAGACAACUCUCAUUGAGAUUGGUCCACGCUUUGUGAUGACGCCCAUCCGAAUCUUCGAAGGUGCAUUCAAUGGCGCGACAGUAUUUUCAAACCCUGAGUAUAUCUCACCUACAUCAGUACGCUCUGCGAUUAGGAGAGAGAAGGGGACCAAGUACAAAGAGCGAAAACACGCGCAAUCGGAGAGGUCAGAUAGGAAAGACCUCCGCAAGUUGCCGGAGAACGAGUUGGCAGUGUCAAAAGUGUUCUCAUAA